CCAUCUCUCCACUCUCCGCUCUCCUCCCUCCCUCCUCCCCCCUCCACCCUCUGGGCCGGAUCUCGUCUCGCUGAGGCGGAGGAGGAGAAGGAGGAGGAGGAGGACGUUCGGCCUGCGCAGUGAGAUGUUUGUCCGUCGCCGCCGCCGCCGCCAUCGCGGAGAAGCGCGAUAAAGGCAGCCGAGCCCGGCGCGAGGGGAAGCCCGCGGAGCCGCCGCGCCAGCUCAGCCCGAGCCCGAGCCGCCCGAGCCCGAGCCGCCGCCCCCGCUGCCGCGGCCGCCCAGGGGCCGGCCCGCCGCCCAGCCCAGCCCGGGGGCCGCGCCGCCGCCCCCCGCCGAGCCCCGCGGCCGCCCUCCCGCCUUCAAUGUGACACCGGCGCCUCGGAGUGCGAGCCGCAGCAGCCGCCGCCGCCGCCACCGGGGAGGGGCCGAGCACCAUGUCGAAUCUGAGCAAAGGCACGGGCAGCCGGAAGGACACCAAGAUGCGGAUCCGGGCCUUUCCGAUGACCAUGGAUGAAAAAUAUGUAAACAGCAUUUGGGACCUUCUGAAAAAUGCUAUUCAAGAAAUCCAGCGUAAGAAUAACAGUGGUCUUAGUUUUGAGGAGCUCUAUAGAAAUGCAUAUACAAUGGUUUUGCAUAAGCAUGGAGAAAAGCUCUACACUGGACUAAGAGAAGUUGUUACUGAACAUCUCAUAAAUAAGGUGCGAGAAGAUGUACUAAAUUCAUUGAAUAACAACUUUCUUCAAACAUUAAAUCAAGCUUGGAAUGAUCAUCAAACAGCCAUGGUGAUGAUUAGAGAUAUACUAAUGUAUAUGGACCGUGUGUAUGUACAACAAAAUAAUGUAGAAAAUGUCUACAAUUUGGGAUUAAUAAUUUUUCGAGAUCAAGUUGUACGUUAUGGGUGUAUUAGGGAUCAUCUUCGGCAAACUUUAUUGGAUAUGAUUGCCAGAGAGCGGAAAGGAGAAGUUGUAGACAGAGGAGCAAUAAGAAAUGCUUGCCAGAUGUUAAUGAUUUUAGGUCUUGAAGGAAGAUCAGUCUAUGAGGAAGAUUUUGAAGCUCCUUUUUUGGAAAUGUCUGCAGAAUUUUUUCAGAUGGAAAGCCAGAAAUUUUUAGCAGAAAAUAGUGCUUCGGUGUAUAUAAAGAAAGUAGAAGCUAGAAUUAAUGAGGAAAUAGAGCGGGUGAUGCACUGCCUUGACAAAUCUACCGAAGAGCCCAUUGUCAAGGUGGUUGAGAGGGAACUCAUUUCCAAGCACAUGAAGACUAUUGUAGAAAUGGAGAAUUCUGGGCUAGUACAUAUGUUGAAAAACGGAAAGACAGAAGAUCUUGCUUGCAUGUACAAAUUAUUUAGUCGUGUGCCAAAUGGUUUGAAGACAAUGUGUGAAUGUAUGAGUUCUUAUUUGAGGGAACAAGGAAAAGCCCUUGUUUCUGAGGAAGGCGAAGGGAAGAAUCCUGUUGACUAUAUCCAGGGCUUAUUGGAUCUGAAGAGUAGGUUUGAUCGCUUCCUCCAAGAAUCCUUCAAUAAUGACCGACUCUUUAAACAGACUAUUGCUGGGGACUUCGAGUAUUUCCUAAACCUCAACUCCAGGUCUCCUGAAUACCUCUCAUUAUUUAUUGAUGAUAAGCUGAAAAAGGGAGUCAAAGGGCUAACAGAACAAGAAGUAGAAACGAUAUUGGAUAAGGCUAUGGUCCUUUUUAGGUUUAUGCAAGAAAAAGAUGUAUUUGAACGUUAUUAUAAACAGCACCUGGCAAGGAGACUGCUCACGAAUAAAAGUGUUUCUGAUGAUUCUGAAAAAAAUAUGAUUUCUAAAUUAAAGACUGAGUGUGGGUGUCAGUUCACAUCAAAACUGGAAGGAAUGUUUAGGGAUAUGAGCAUCUCAAACACAACUAUGGAUGAGUUCAGGCAACAUCUACAGGCAACGGGGGUAUCUUUAGGUGGCGUUGAUCUCACAGUCCGGGUUCUCACAACGGGAUAUUGGCCCACUCAGUCAGCCACACCAAAGUGCAACAUCCCACCAGCACCAAGACAUGCUUUUGAGAUAUUUAGAAGGUUCUACUUAGCCAAACACAGUGGUCGACAGCUCACACUCCAGCAUCACAUGGGUUCUGCAGAUCUCAAUGCCACCUUUUAUGGUCCAGUUAAAAAGGAAGAUGGAUCUGAAGUUGGUGUUGGUGGUGCACAAGUAACUGGUUCUAAUACUCGGAAGCACAUACUGCAAGUCUCCACUUUCCAGAUGACCAUAUUAAUGCUGUUUAAUAAUAGAGAGAAAUACACAUUUGAGGAAAUUCAACAAGAGACAGAUAUCCCUGAAAGAGAACUUGUUAGAGCCCUCCAGUCCCUCGCCUGUGGUAAACCAACACAGCGGGUCCUCACAAAAGAACCCAAAUCAAAGGAGAUAGAAAGUGGCCACAUAUUUACAGUUAAUGAUCAGUUCACAUCCAAACUACACAGAGUCAAGAUUCAAACAGUUGCAGCCAAACAAGGUGAAUCUGACCCAGAGAGGAAAGAAACAAGACAGAAAGUAGAUGAUGACAGAAAGCAUGAGAUAGAAGCUGCUAUAGUGCGAAUAAUGAAGUCUAGGAAGAAGAUGCAGCACAAUGUUUUAGUAGCAGAGGUAACUCAACAGUUGAAGGCUCGAUUCUUACCAAGUCCAGUUGUUAUUAAGAAACGUAUUGAAGGACUUAUUGAGAGAGAAUAUUUGGCACGAACCCCUGAGGAUCGCAAAGUAUACACAUACGUAGCAUAAAAUGCAUUCAGAAAUUUGAUUUAUUCUUGGACUGUACUUUUCGCAUGGACUGGGAAGUUCUUUUAAAUCAUUACUAUUAAGACGACCAUCUCUUCUGUUAAAUUGCAGUACAUGUUAUAGACCACUCAGAUCAAGCCUCUCCUUCCUCUGAGAGUUUUCAACAUCAGUUGAUUGAGCUUCAGGCUUUCCAACGUUAUCCCUGUAGAGAUCAUCUUUACAGUUCCUCGGGAAAAUGUGAAUGUGCCGCGUUUUGUUUUCAAUAUUGUAUGAAAACAGGAAAAAAAUAAAACAAAUUUAGAAAACACAGCUCAUUAAAAUAAAAUUGUUGGAUUUCAUUUCCCCAGGUCUUCAGUGUUGAUGUAAAUGUGUUUCUGUAGUGUUGCUUAUUAGCACUUUGCGCAUUGUGUAAGUUGGGUAGCAAAAAUGGCAACAGACAUACAAAGUUCCCAGUUUUCUUGCUCUGUUUGUGACAUUUCCUUAGCUGGUAUUGUUUAAAGGUUUGAUAAAUAUACAAAGACCCAGGCAUACAAUUGGCGCAUGCUUUAUCCUACCACUUGCACUUAUUAAUCUUCCAGCCUUAUGACCAAGAACCUUUGUUUGGCCAUGAGUACACACCCUGAGUUGUUUUGUCCCUAUUGUAAUUUGAGGUUUUCCAAAUUAAGUUCUAAGAUGACUAGGUUUUGCUCUGAGUUAUUUCUAGAGAAAGAAAAUAUUUUAGUAUGUAUAAAUUGUACAAUAAUUUUUUGCUGUUGUACUUACUGCUAAUAGUAGAUUGUAUAGGGUGGUGUUUUAUUUCAUUUAUUGUAGACAGAAAAAUAAACGAAUUUAGUAUUCACAUACACACUAACUCAAGUAUGUCAGAGCACAAAGGUGGCAGCUGGUUAUAUUUAAUUCAGUCCCUUUGAAAAGCACAUACAUUCUACCCUUUGUUUAUAAAUAACUUAGCCCCCAUCUCUGUCUCUGUCUCUCUCUCUCUCUCUCUCUCUCUCACACACACACACACACACACACAGCAAACACACAACAAACAGUUUAAAUAUAUAUUUUGGUGAAACUGGUACACCAUUAAUUAUUUCAAAAUGCUAUCUAAAAUUGCAAUAAAUAGAUUCACUUGGUAGUUUGAAGGAAGUCUUCAGUUCUUGCAGCUGUGUUUUGGAAAGUGAUUAAGCAAUAUUUUUCAAAUGUGAUGAUUCUUGGGUAUUUAGCUCUCCGUUGUCCUCUGAAGAGUCAUUUUCAUGUUUCCAGAGAUGUGCUUUGUGCUGGAGAUUUGUGUCCAUUGCUCUGUGCUUCCAACCAUCACUGAAGUUGUUUCCUACCCAAUUUAUCUGCCAAGGAUUAUAGUUUGCUUUAACAUCAGAGUAUUUUUAUCUUGCAUUUUAUUUAACUUCUUUUUUUUUCCCCUCUCUUACAAGGUAAUGUUUUAGAUAUGUAAUUGGGGGAAACCACUGUAGAUUUCUGUCAGAAAAAUGAAAUGUUACUGAGUUCAAGUAACCAACUCCCCAUUGAACAUCAAUACUGUUGCUAUGCUUAUUAGAAUGUAUGUCUCAGAAGAUUGUUUCUGUUUACGUUGAUGGUGAAGUUACAGUAACUGAAUUAUAAUAUGGAUUAAAAACUCCACAUAAAUAUUUUCCCCAUGCGUCUUGGAUUAUAAUUUCCCUUUUAGGCCUGCAAAUAUGCUUUUAUUUCAUUUAAAUUGCUUUUAUCUGUGCUGUACAAUUUAAGCCUUAUGACCUUGAUUUCUUCAUGUUUCCCACUUUUACGUGAGACAGUGAAGAUGUUAUCAAUAUAGAAAUUGCUGUGCUUGCACAGGUACCACAGAACGCUGAAGAGUUGCUUUCUCAUAUAGUUGGAAUUUUAACUAAAAAAGCUGCUCUUUAACACUUUGGAAGUGAGGACAGUUCUGGUUGUCAGCAAUUGAGGAAGCUAUGAAAGCUUCUGUUAUGAAGACUCCUAAGUCAGACAUUGAAAACAAAGUGCUAGCUCAAACCAUUAAAAUUUCAUUGAUGUCAUCUUCAGUAUGGCUGUACACAUCAGGUCUAGCAUAUGUAUAGGGACAUAAAGAUUUGAUACUUGUGCUUCUAGAUGCUUGCUUCUGGGUUAAAGUAAAUUUGCUGGGGAAUGCUGCUUCUACUACCUUACCAAAUUCUUGUGAUGCAUUUUGAUGUUUCUCCUCAGCAAUAGGUCAUUGACAUUUUUAUCUACUUUUAAUGUUUUGAAAAAAUAAUGUGACUAAAUUUUUUGUGACUCUUAGGGGAGAUGGAUAAUUUUUCCAGCUACAAAAAUGAUGUCACCUCUGUUCAUUAAAUGUUGUGUUGUAAUUCUUUGCUGUCGUUUUUCAUGAGGACAGCAAUUUAUUUUUAAAUUGUCAAUUUAAAAAUUGAAAAUUUAUUACAAUUAGGAAACAGCCUUAAAAAUAAAAAGGAAAUGGUUAUGAUUGCAA